UAGCAGAAAUAGAUUUACAAAAAAGUCUCAUUCAACCUUUCUUUUCCAGUUAGUGUUUACAGUGUCAGUACUGUAGUAAACUUACAAUGCUGACAUCCAGUUAAGAAAAUGGGAGAAGUACUGAGAUCAACUAAUGUCAGCACCAAGUUUAAUAAAGCAUACUACACUGUCUGAAGGACUGAGUACAACUGUCAGCAGCAAGAUUAAUAAACAUACUACACGGAAGCACUGAGUACAACUACUGUCAGCACCUCUUCAGUAUUAUUGACAAUUAUUUGUUCCAGUUGUCAGUAUUUGACUGAACUGUUUAGAAAAUCUAGUUUCUAACUUUUCUGUGGAAUUAAGGUAACAAAAUGGGGUUCAGUGUACACAUUAUAUCUCACAUUUAAUAAUGUGAAAGACAAUAUUAAAAAAUCCUAAUUCAAGACUGUUUUAAAUAAUUAUUUCUAUAUUCUUACCUUGAAACUAUUAUGUUAGUCCUAGUCUUACCCCUAUUGUGAAAAUAUUGGCUGUAACCAUGUCCCUACUACGAAAAUAUUAGACAUAGUUUCACCCCCUAUUAUGAAAAUAAGUCUUACCUCUGUUAUUAAAAUUAUAGUCAUUAUCUUAACAUUAACUGCUUUCAAAAACCUGAGUAUUUGUUAUUUUAUUUUAUAUCUUUGAAAUAUUCCUUGCAUAUCAUUAUUCUGACAAUUUUGAUUUUUUCACUGUAAAAUGUAAGUGAAUAUAGUAUAUGAAUCAAGUCUUCAUUGGAGACUGCAUUAAAUGAGAGGCAAUAGAAAGAGAGAAUACAAAAUGUGCACUUCAGUAAGUCUAUUGUUAUUUGAAGAACAGCAAAUCUUCUGUUAUGUGAAGUAGUGAAUAACAUUCAAUGAAUUACUGAUUUAUUUAGUGUUAAAACUUGAAAUAAAAUAAAGUCAACAUGAAGGUAGUAGGAAAACAACAUCAGUGUUCUGUUUGUGAAAAAGUUUUUCCAACUAAUUAUAAACUCAUGAGACAUAACAGUACUCAUACGGGAGAGAAGCCAUAUAAGUGUUCAGUGUGUCUGAAAGGUUUUGUUGGUAAAUACUUAUUAAAACAACAUGAGAGAGUUCAUACAGGAGAGAAGCCAUAUCAGUGUUCAGUGUGUCAGAAAGACUUUAGAAAUAAAUACUCGCUAAAUAAACACAAGAGAAUUCAUACAGGAGAGAGGCCAUACCAGUGUUCAGUGUGUCAGAAAGACUUUAUGAAUAAAUAUACUUUAAAACAGCAUGAGAAAAUUCAUACAGGAGAGAAGCCAUAUCACUGUUCAGUGUGUCUGAAAGAUUUUAUUGAUAAAUCCUCACUAAAUAAACAUCAGAGAAUUCAUACAGGAGAGAAGCCUUAUCAGUGUUCAGUGUGUUUGAAAGAUUUCAGUGAUAAAUCUUCACUAAAUAAACAUCAGAGAAUUCAUACAGGAGAGAAGCCAUAUCAGUGUUCAAUGUGUCAGAAAAACUUCAGUCACAAAACCUCACUAAAUAAUCAUGAAAGAAUUCAUACAGAAAAGAAGCAAUAUCAGUGCCCUGAAUGUCCCAAAAACUUCUUAAAAAAAUCCUCACUAUAUGAACAUCAGAGAGUUCAUGAAGGAGAGAAAUCAUAUCAUUGUUCAGUGUGUCUGAAAGACUUUAUUAAUGAAUCCUUACUCAAACAGCAUGAGAGCAUUCAUACAGGAGAGAAACCCUAUCAGUGUUCUGUGUGUUAUAAAGACUUUACAAGCUGGGAUCACCUGAAUUCACAUAUGAAACUACAUAUUGGAGAGAAGCCAUAUCAGUGUGAAGUUUGUACAAAAUUAUUUGCAGGAAAAAGUUCUCUGGCAAAACAUAUGCGCUAUCAUACUGGAGAGAAGCCAUUUCAGUGUUUAAUGUGCCAUAAAGCUUUUAUAGAAAGUGGUCACCUCAUUACACACAUGAGAAUUCAUACUGGAGAGAAGCCAUUCAAGUGCUCAUUGUGUACAAAACGGUUUUCAGAAAAAUCUUCUUUAGUGAAACACAUGAGGAUUCAUACAGUAGGAAAAAUACACGAGUGUUUUGAGUGUCAUAAAAUAUUUUCUAGUAACUCUCUUUUAGUUCAGCACAUGACACUUCAUAAAGAUGAUAAACCAUACAAGUGUUCAGUGUGUCAGGAAAGUUUCUCAACAGAAGAAAGUUUAGAAGAACAUUUUAAAGUUCAUAUAGGGGAAAACACAUACAAGUGUUCAGUGUCCGGAAAACUUCUCAACGAAGAAAUUUAA